AUGUGUCGGGACGCCUGUUGCCUCGCAAGUCGUGAGACGGUCUACAAGCUUAUGGCCUACGGGAUCGAACAUACGAUUGAAAUGACGAAGGAAAUCAAUGCCAAUGCUGUGGAAGUGGGUUUUCUGUUCGAUACCGAGUUCGCGCUAUUCGAUUUCGAUUCCUAUUCCGAAUACCACAAUUGGCGUCGCUGCAUGGAGUUGCGCACCAUCAAAUCCCUGAAUCUACGUUCACAUCCGUCUGAGAUUGAAGAAUGA